CGGGCAGAGAGGAUGGUGAAGUAUACAAGUUGUGCGCUCAACUUUACCUCGGUUAGUGGUAAAAGCUCGGCUGCUCAGCUUUCUCCGGAGCGGCUAAGACAGCAUGACUGCGGCUCUCCUCUUCUCCGCCGGGGCCGAGGGUGCUCCGGGGCUGCGAUCACUGAGGAAGGCAGCACACUGGCUGGCUGAGCUGCCUGGCUCGAUGCCACUUCUUCCUCUCCUCAAGCGGUCGUAGUGUUGAUAGCUGGGAAAUGAUGUCCAUGUGGUCCCAUCCCAUCACCAAGGGAAGUCUAAGCCGAGCCCAGCGCGGAGCCUUGAUUUUUAUGAUGCACGGGGGAAAAGCCCCUAAAAACUGCCACACAUAGUUAUGUUUUUUGUUUCAGUAAUUACGUCAAUGCAGUUUUUAAGUAAGCGAUUUUAUUUACAUUAAAGCAACUGACGUCUGCUAUGUUUAGGAGCACCAAUCGUAGUUCAUAAUUUUAUAAUAUUUUUAAUAAAAAUAAAGUACAAACGUUCACUUCAGGCACGAAAGGGUUACUCUGCUAAGUUAAGAAGCCAGCUGACCGACCACGUGACUUUGCGGAAGUGAGAGUAGCAACAAUAUGAGCGGGGCUUGAGACGUGUCCCGAAAGAAUGGUGCGCAGUUUUGCGUUGUUUGUCGUCUUUGGUUGUGUGACUAAAGUGUUGUGUAGUGAGGGUUCAUCAUGCGGGGCUCGGCCGGAACCCAACGCCCAGCAAGGAGCAGCGAGCUGCGGCUGUGAGAGCCUGAGGAGAGCCGCUGUGGAGCCUGUGGAGGCUGCAGCUGAGCCAGCCGACAAAUACUCAAGAGGGGCCAGUGAGAGACCGCCUGAGGCGCAGGGAGAUGGGAGGGAAGCGCAAAGCCAGAUGGUGCUGAUUUCUGGAGGGGAGUUCCUGAUGGGAACAGAUGACCCAGGCAUCCCUGCAGAUGGUGAGGGCCCUCAGAGGCUGGUGCAUGUGGACUCCUUCUACAUGGACAUCCAGGAAGUCACAAACCAACAGUUCCAGAGCUUCAUCAGUGCCUCAGGAUACCUUACUGACGCGGAGAAAUAUGGAGACUCAUUUGUAUUCGAGGGACUUUUGAGUGACAGUGUCAAAAACCAAAUCACCCAAGCAGUUGCUGCUGCCCCCUGGUGGCUUCCAGUCAAAGGGGCCAACUGGAGGCACCCUGAUGGUCCAGAUUCCAACAUCACAGACAGGCUGGAUCAUCCUGUUCUUCAUGUGUCGUGGGCCGAUGCUGUCGCCUACUGCUCUUGGUUCCACAAGAGACUUCCUACAGAGGCAGAAUGGGAGUACGCCUGCAGGGGCGGCCUUAAAGACAGGCUUUACCCCUGGGGAAACAAGUUGAACCCGAAAGGACAACACUACGCCAACCUCUGGCAGGGGGACUUCCCCAACCACAACUCUGGAGAGGAUGGAUACACCACAACUUCACCGGUGAUGUCCUUUCCUGCCAAUGGUUUUGGCCUAUAUGACAUGGUGGGGAAUGCAUGGGAAUGGACCUCUGACUGGUGGACUGUGCAUCACACUGCAGAAAAGCAACAGAACCCAACGGGCCCGGCGUCAGGCACAGACAAGGUGAAGAAGGGAGGGUCAUACAUGUGCCACAAGUCUUACUGUUACAGAUACCGAUGCGCAGCCCGUAGCCAGAACACUCCGGACAGCUCAGCCUCUAAUCUCGGUUUUCGCUGUGUUUCUCGGGAGCAAAGGUGACCUGACCUGCUCGUCUGAAACACAGGGUCCCUUCUUCCAGCUGCUCUCUAACCCGUAUAGGUUGGAGAGUAAAAUUCUGUAAGGAAUUUCCUGGAGGAUUUCUUAUGUGCCAUUAAUGUGCAUCUGAAGAUGAUGUUUUUUUUUUAAAAAAAAAAAACUUUUUUCAUAAGAAAUUAAUAGAGAAGACAGUUGGCAGCCACUGGUUUGAAGAAACUUUUGAGCGGUAAAGAUCAUUGUGGUCUUUUACAGUAAAUGUCAAAAACAUCUUAUCAGCAGCUGAUAAUGACAAGUUGUCAUUAUCAGCUGCUGAGAUACAGACAAAAAGUCCAUGUAAACUGUGGAAUUGCUGUCAAAAUAUAUUGUAUUAUUAGUAGUAUUGUAAUAUAACUUUUGCAAACAAUGAUAAAUCGGUGACAUAUGAGAUCCUAAACAAUCCCAUAUGUUUUUUUUUGUUUUUGUUUCUUUAUCAGACAUUAU